UUGGCCCCUCAGCCAAUUGAGUAUUCUAUGGUUCCUUCUUGUCAAGAAUACGUCAACAAUGACGAAAGGAACGUCAAGUUUUGGUAAGCGGCGGAAUAAGACCCACACGCUUUGCCGGCGAUGUGGAAGAUCCUCGUACCAUAUCCAGAAGUCGCAGUGUGCGCAAUGCGGAUAUCCUUCUGCCAAAAUGCGUUCGUAUAAUUGGUCGAUAAAAGCGAAAAGGAGGAAGACCACCGGUACCGGUCGUCUUCGUCACUUGAAAAUUGUAAGGAGGCGUUUUCGCAAUGGUUUCCGCGAGGGCGGCAAGCCGGCUAAGAAAUCCACUUCUCUGUAGUUAUUUUGAAUAAAUUUAUUUCAUUUAA